AUCCUUUUUUGACAUUAUGGAGCACUUACCCAUUAAUUUGGUUGAGGAGGCCAAGAUUGCGGGCCCAGUGCAGUACCGGUGGAUGUACUUUGUAGAGAGGUAUCUUAGGACACUUAAGUCCUAUGGGCGUAGUAAAAGCAAUCCAGAAGGUUCUAUUGCUCAAGGAUACUUGGUCGAAGAAUGUAUGACAUUUUGCGCGAGGUACUUGCAUGGUGUUGAGUCAAAGUUGCAUCGACCAUUAAGGAAUUAUGAUGUGAGUGAUAACCCGGAGGUCUUAAUGGGUCGUGGUUUAGGAAAAGGAAAAGGAUUUGUGCUGAAUACCACAACACGAGUACAAGCUCAUCGAUAUGUGUUGUCCAACUCAAUUGCAAUUGUCCCUUAUCGGGAGGAACAUCGUAAAUUAAUUAGAAGGACACAUCGUCGUCUCAAAGAUUAUGAUGUUGAUCGCUACCAUAACGAGGAAUUUCCCAAAUGGUUCAAAUCUCAUGUUGAACAAUUGGUCAUUGCUGGUAUAGAGUUAUCUGACGAGAUUAAAACUUUGGCUAUGGGACCUAGUGAUAAGGCCAAUAGAUAUAGCGGGUACCUGAUUAAUGGCGUCAAGUAUCAUACAAAGAGUCGCGAGCUUAGAAGAAAAACUCAAAAUAGUGGGAUUAUGGUGAAAGCAAAUACAUGUAGCUAUGCAAGUGCUAAGGACAUGAAUUCUGUGGAGGGUGAGGUGACGUACUACGGAUACGUGACGGAUAUUGUUGAAUUGUACUAUUCAUAUGAUCGUAGGUAUUUGAAAGGUCUAUGUUGGAAAUUGUCUAGUCUUGAUGAGUCAUAUUUUGUAAUGCCUAUUUAUAUGAGUUCUAAUGAAAUGAAAAGUAGAGAGUUUGAGUUUAUGAAAAAUAUUGUGCAAGUGUUUUCUUGCUUGAGAGUGAGUGAAUCCUCCGACAAUCAAGUGUGUGACUUGGUCGCGUGA